AUGGGGACGGAGACGCCGCGCGGACCGCCCCGUGCGGCCCUCAGCGCGGGCAUCCACUCCCCGCUCCACGCCCUCUCUCGCGGCGACGUCGAGCUGCUGCAGACCUCGACGCUCGCGACCCUGAGCGCCCGCUUCCAGACCGGACGCGUGCGCCCGCCGCCCAACGAGUUCGUCGCGCCGGGCGCGAUGGGCGCGGUAGACCAGCUGCUGGGCGCCCGGCCCCACCUGGGUGCCGUGGACCUCGCCUUCGCGGCGAGCCCGGGCCUCGAGGGGACGGCCUCGCGCCCGCGCUCGCGGACGGGCCUGCUGAGCCCGUCGCAGGGCGCCGGACGCAUCCAGUUGGACCCUAUUCGCAUCACGGGAGAGGGGCAACAAGGACCUGCGCUCCCUCCGCUGCCCUCGAUCUUCCCGCCGGCCGCGCAAGGCGAGGACGAGCUCUCACGAACACUCCCGAGCCGCCUCGGCGGCCCGCUGAGCAAAUCCCAGGACCUCGGCGGCGCACGCGCCGUCAACGCGGGGCGCGGACUCGCCGCCCUGCACUCCCUCAUGACCUGGACGCGCCCGGAGCACGCCGACGCCACGUCGCAAACCCUCAUCCUCGGCGCCGCCCUCCAGCGCCUCGCGGACGCCGGCGUCGGCCACGCCCGCAUCGACCCCACUUCGGACGCUAGCGUCGACACUUUUGACCUCGGGGACGCCGCGUCCCCCGGCCGCCGCGGGCGCGCGAUGGCCGCGAUCGAGGAGGCCCCGGACGCGUCCGGCCGGCCGUCGACGUGCCCGCCGAACGCGGAGCACCCGGCGCAGAGCCGCGGCAUUCGGUUGUCGAUCCAAGGGGUGGAGAUCCGGGGCGCGGGCGAGCGGCCGGUGCUGCCGAUGAUGGGCCGCGGGCGGCACGACGACGAGCUGGAGGAGCGGCUGCAGGCCGCGGAGGCGCGCGUGACGGAGCUGAAGGCGGAGCUGCAGCGGGAGCGCCAGGCGCGUACGCGGGAGCGCGAGGAGCACAACAAAUUCAAGCGGUCGCAGCAGGAGGCGUACGAGACGCAGCUGCGGGACAUUCAGAGCAUGGCGGGGGAGAUCGUGGAGGGGGCGGAGGCGGCGGGGUCGCGGCCGGCCUCGGCGUCGCGGGAGGCGGCGGCGGCGACGGAGGCGCGGGCCGCCGAGGGCGCGCAGGCGGGGCAGUUCCUGGAGAAGGUGCGCGAGGUGUACGAGGCGCGGAUCCAGAAGCUGCAGGCGCGCGGGUUCGAGCUGAAGCGGGAGCUGGGCGAGGUCGAGAAGGAGCGUGAGGCGCUAAUCAAGGAAAUCCAACUGCUGAAGAACCGCGAGGCGAGCUCGGCCGUGACGGCCAAGAUGCGCGCGACCGCGCUCGAGGCGAAGCUCGCGGCGAGCAAGUCCAAGGUCGAGAAGCUCGAGGAGGUCCAGGCGGAGCUGCAGGACGUGAUCGCUGCGAAGACGGAGGAAGUCGACCGGCUGAUCAAGGAGGGGCGGGAGCGCGAAAACGAGGUGUCCUCGGCGCUCGCGGACCGCGACGGGCUCAAGAAGCGGCUCCGGGACGCCGAGAGCCAGCUGCGGAAGCGGGAGGCCGAGUGGACGGAGGCGGAGGCCGGGCUCCAGGACCGGGUGACGCAGCUGGAGACGGUGCUGGAGAAGGAGCGGGCGGCGGUGGCGGUCGACCUGAAGGAGUACCACCGGAUCAAGGUGACGUACGAGGACCUCGAGCGGCGCCUCAAGGCCGCGGAGACGCUCUUCAACGAGGAAACGGCCAAGGUGGCAGGGAUGAAGUUCGACCGCGACGAGGCGCGCGCGGCGGAGCGCAACGCCAAGCGCCUGCAGGCGCAGGCCGAGAAGGAGGUCGUGGAGUGGCAGGAGCGCGUCAAGUCUCUCCGGGAGUCGGAGCAGCACGCGCAGAAGCUCAUCGCGCAUCUGCGCGCGCAGCUCCGCGAGAAGGACAACGUCGAGAAGAUGCUGGACAACGCCAAGCAGGAGCUCCUCCGGCAGCAGGAGGAGCGCCGCGGGGAGAUCGAGACCUGGUCGAAGCGCUACGAGGUGCUCGAGGACAAGGCGGCCAUGCUGGGGCGCGAGAUCCGCGCGGCGAACUACCGGGCGGAGGACGCCGCGCGGAAGGCGCACGACGCGGAGCGGGACCGGGACAAGCUCGAGGGCGACGUGCAGGCGUUCCGGGACCAGGUUCGGACCAUGGCGAUCAAGCUGGACGAGGCGCAGUCGCAGUGUGCGCAGGCGCGCGGGGAGGCGUUCAGCGCGAACCAGCAGCUGCAGGAGUCCGCGCAGGAGUCCGCGGAGCUGCGGAAGAGCCUCGCGGAGCUGCGGAAGGUCGCGGACUCGCGCGGCGUGGAGGUGGAUCGGCUGGUGAAGGAGCGCGACAUUUUGCAGAACCAGCUGAACGAGGCGCAGAAGGAGCUGGCGGGGACGACGCGGACGCUCGAGGCGCAGAUCGAGGAGCUCACGGCGGAGCGGAAGGAGCUGACGAAGAAGAACGACGCGCUGCGGUCGUCCGUGCGGCAGCUGGCGCCCUACAAGCGCCGCGCAGAGGAGCUGCAGCAGCUGCACGACAACCUCUCGGCGCGGCACAACGAGCUCACGGACAAGUACUCGGCGCUCAUGGACGAGCGGCUGCAGCUCAUCACGGACCUCGAGGAGACGCGGCGCAACCUCAAGUACACGCAGCAGAGUCUGGAGCAGGCGCGGGGCGACCUGGACAGCAAGGUGGCCGAGUGCGAGCAGCUGUUGUCGGAGCUCACCGACGAGCAGGAGGCGCUCAAGAACGCGCUCGCCCGCGAGAAGGUCCUCAAGGACCGCGUCGAGGUCCUCGAGAGCGAGCUCGCGCAGACCACGGCCGAGCUGACGGAGCUCAAGGCCGCGCACGCGAAGCUGGAGGCGGAGCACGCGCGGCUGUCGGACCUGUACGACGAGCUGCAGAUCACGAGCCAGCGGCAGAUCACGAUGCUCACCGAGCAGCGGGACCAGCUGGCGGAGGAGCGCGACACGCUGAAGCGCGAGCGGAGCGCGCGCGACGAGAUGCUGCAGGACCUGUCGGCGAAGCUGGAGGACCCGCUCUCGAUGCCGCAGGUGCAGAAGGUGGUCGAGGGCCUCCGCGCGAAGCUCGAGAACGAGACGCAGCAGCGCAUUUUCCGCGAGAAGUUCGCCACCACGCAGGCGCAGCGCGUCAAGGUGCUCGAGGCGCAGCUGAAGCGCGCGAACCAGAUCAUCGCCGACUCCGGCGCGACGGCGCCGCCGAAGACGAUCGACUUCGGGUGCCAGGUGAUCCCGACGGACCUCUGGGAGACGGAGCUCGACACGAUGGACGUUCCGGCGGUGCGGCGCAACACCGGCGAGCGCACGACGCUCCCGCCGCGCAGCCCGCUCGGGUUCGUCGAGCCCGGGACGCCGCGCGACCAGGCGCGGGAGCCGCGCGCCGACGGAAGCGCGGCGGCUGACGCUGAGGUUGUCGACAUGGGCUGGAUUGCCGAGGCGCGCGUGCGGUCGGGAGUCGAGCGCGAGAAGCAGCUGCGCGCGAUCAAGGAGGAGUCGAGCGCGCACUCGCAGGCCAGCGCGAAGCCCGCGAACACGAACCCGCGCGUGCGCCCCGGACGGCUCGGCCUCCCCAGCAACGUGCGCGACAAGCUCAUGGGCCGCGGGGCCACGCCGCUCCCGGUCGGGCGCGGCGGCGCGUCGCGGGGCGAGGGCGACGUCGAGGAGCCGCAGUACGAGGGCGAGGUGCCGUCGAUGGACGUCGGCGCCGUGAUGGAUGUCAUCUUUGAGUGUUACGCGCUGAAGCUGCGGGCUGACGUGGCAGCGGCGCGGCACGGGGGCGCCCCGCGCGGCCUGUCGGCGUUCGUGCGGGACUUCUUCGUGUUCCGGUACUCGAUUCCGCGGCUCGCGCGCCGCGCGCUGGUCUCGUUCGCCAAGUCGGUGUGCGAGCUCAAGGGCUUCGAGGCCGUGGCGUCGUUCGGGCUGUCGUCCGGGCUGCUCGACGAGGAGGAGGUGCACGUGAAGGAGCUGCAGCCGCUGCCGCCCGCGGUCGCGGCGGAGCCGGUGUGGCCGACGGCGGCGACGGCUGCGCCCGAGGGAAGCACGGCGCGCGGCGGCCACGCGCUGUCGUACGGCGAGGCGACGGUCGGGGUGUCGCACCGGCUCGGACGCACGGCGCCGGGGACGCCGUCGCAGCGCGGGGCCGGCGGCAGCCCGAGCGGGCGGUCGUCGCCCGGGCGCACGUCGCCGUUGCCGCAAAUGCCCGGCGCAGGGUCGCGGAGCUUCACCCCGCGGCACGCGCGGGCGACGACGGGCGCAGACGGCAGCCUGCGCCGCUCCCCGGCCUCGCACUCGCGCGCCACGACGCCGCCGUCGCACCGCCCGGGGUCCGCCGCCGGACUGAUCGAGGCCGCGGCCGCGCGCGUGGGCUCUCUGCACGGCAACGCCUCCGCGGAGCCGUGGGCGGCCGGCGCCGAGCUGCCGCGCCCGGCAGCGUUCCCCGCGGACCUCGCGUCGGGCGUCCCUCCCGAGGAGCUCAACCCUUUGCACCGCAUGGCCCUGGGGCCGUUCACGGGACUCCCCCUCCCGCUGCUGUGGGGCGCGAUGCGGUCGGGGCAGGUGUACCGCCCGAUGCGGAUGCAGCCGAGGAAGCCGCCGUCCGUGCAGGCGAUGCUGCAUCCGCUGAUCGCGGUGGCGUGCAAGCAGGCGACGAGCACGCCGCCGCUGUCGUCGAUCGAGCACAUGCUCAAGUCCUCGCUCUUCCGGGAGGACAUCCUGCCGUCGCUCGACCUCGGCGUGCCCGUCUCGGGGCGCCAGGUGCCGCAGAUCGCCACGAUGCUGCACGACAUCGCUCUGGUGUUCCACCUCGACCCCUCCCGGCUGCCACAGGUCUUCAUCCGCCCGGACCACGAGCCCCGCGCGCUGUACAUGUGUCUGCCGCUGGCGCUCACGCGCGACCGGACCGCCAUCGGCACCGUGAGCCGCGAGGCCGUCGCGCGCCGCGAGGACGACCUCAAGCACUGCAUCGUGCUCUCCUCGGGCCUCCUCGACACCCUCCAGCCCUCGGAGGUCAUGUCGGCCAUCUCCGGCGCCAUGUUCGCGUUUGUCCUCGGCUACUGGCUGAACCCGAGCCGCGCGGACGAGUGCGACGCCCGCAGCUCCGACGGCGUGAUCCCCGUGGACGCCAUGUCGACGGUGCCCUGGCUGGCCACCGCGGCGUCCAUCUCGGACAUUGCCAGCUACGCCCUGGCGCAGGCGAUCGACGGAGACUCCGUGCUGACGUUCGAGCGGUCCGCGCUGCCGGUGCUGUCGCGGUUCAAGCAGGCGUGGAGGCUGUGCCAGGACCGCGCGUCGCUCGUCGCGGUACAGGACCUCAAGACGGUGAUCUCCGGGGUACUAAAACAGAGCGCGGGGUCCCACGCGCUCGUCGGGGAGCUGCACGCCGGGGCGCUGCUCGACCAGCUCGAGGAGGACGCCGCCAAGUCGCGGAGCUCGGCCGCGGGGUGGGUGGCGGACUCCGGGAGCGUGGCGGAGGUGCGGGCGCGGGAGGCGUUCAAGUGGAGCAAGUCGAAGGAGUACGGGAGGACGUUCGUGGGCGCGGAGAAGCGGACGCACUUCGCGUGA